AUGUCAAGUGAAUCCACUAACAGCGCUGGUUUGGUGAGCUUCCGUGUAGGCCAGAUUUUGCUCAUUAGUGGGUCUAUUCUCUUUAUUAUUUCACUGGCAACUGCAUAUUGGGUAGUGAGACCAGUCGUGGACUUCCAGAAAGAGAGUAUUUAUCCCAAUCAGACCCUGGUGAUUCGACAUUAUGGAAUCUUUAUCGCUUGCAUUCAAACUGAAGAUAACAGCGACAGUAGUGGCAGGUGUGAGAGCCUGUGGGAAAACCUCAACUUUAUAACUGUCCUAGUUCUGCAAGGAAUGAUCAUUUUUGCCGGAGAGAUCAAGAGCAAAGCAGAGAAGGUUUCUGGGCAAGAAGACGAACAGCCGGGGUGGUCAUUUGUUCUGGCCAUUGUUGGCCUAUUCCUGUGUAUAGUGGGUGUCCUGAUGUCGAUCAUGUUCCGAGAGCUUCCUCUGCCCGGUCUGGACAAAACAGGGGGUUCUUGGCUACGCCCACACUCCACGCCUCGCAACAAAAAUUCGCAGGACCGCUAG